UAACCACGUGACAACCAGUAAUGGCUGCCCUCUUGUUCCAUGUGCAGUAGAACUCAAUAUUUUAACGCGAUCAAGAGGUGAUCGUGUUGCUUGUCGAAGCGGUUUCAUAUGUGAUUUUUUGAAGGAGCAUAUUGGCGCCACAGAACCAAUUUUAUUGAGUGAGUUACCCGUUCCUGCGUGCUAAACAGACCAAGCGCCCCCCGUCUUGUUUUUGUUAGCAUUUUCAGAAAAUGGACACAAAGAAGACGAAAAAGAAGCGAAAGUACUUCGCGCCACCCAAGCACAAAAAACGGACCAUUCAAGAGAAGGGCCAAUGGAAGGCGGUGGACUUGGAUCCUGAGCUGUUUUCCGAGGACGGCCUGCUGGACGGUGUGGUUUGUUUUGAAAAACUGACAAAUUAUUGCUUAGUGGACUUUAAAAACCUUGGCGUUAAUGCAGAAAAUGAAACUCAAGGCGGAAAGAAAAAAGGAAAGAAAAGAAAGUCAAGUGAAAAUGAGGAGGUGGUCGAAAAGGGAGACGUCGACAGCAAAGAAUCCGAAAAGACUUCCGCCCCUGCCAAGAAAAAGAAAAAAAAGAACAUUUCAAAAACCGAUUCCACCCAAAAUGAGACCACCGCAGUGGAUGUGAUGCAGAAAGAUGCAGGUGAGGAAGAUGCAAUGAUUACUGAUCCAGAGGACACAUCCAAAGUUGUACCAGCCGCCACUACUGGAGGUCAAACAAAACUUCAGAGUAAGACUCAACUAAAGAAGAAAAAGAAGGGGCAAAAAGGAAAGGGCAGAGUGGAAGAUGCCAACACCACUCAAAAUAAAGAGACAAGACCUAAAAAGCAACAGAAAAACUGGACGAAUGCUGUUCUUUCUGGCUCUGAAGUAAAAAACGCUGAUAUGCGUGCAUGGAAAGGCCUGUUUGUACCACCUGUUGUGCUGAAGGCCCUCAGCAGCCUUGGCUUCACAUCACCGACCCCAAUUCAAGCCCUGGUGCUCCCUCCAGCCAUCAGAGAUCGUAUGGAUAUAUUAGGAGCAGCCGAGACGGGAAGCGGUAAAACAUUAGCUUUUGGUAUUCCCAUGAUUCAUAACAUCCUGGAGUGGAAGGAAAGCAUGAAAACCCCUCAGGAUGACAGCGUGGAACCAGGCCAGUCCCCUGAAGCGGAACCUGAGGAGCGGGACGAGGAAGAAGGAAGCGUCACCGGGGUGGCCGACAAAGGCGAAUCUGCAGACGAUGCAAGUGCGGAUGACCACGAUUCUGACGAUGACGAUCAAGAGGAGGAUGGGAGGCCUGGGUGCGUGCAGGUCAUCAAAGACGUGUUUGACGCCAACUCCGCUACGAGGGAAAAGAAUGCCACUGUCGGCCAGGCUCGGCCUCUGCUCGGAUUGGUCCUCACCCCCACGAGGGAGUUGGCAGUCCAGGUGAAACACCACAUCGAUGCUGUGGCAACGUUCACUGACAUCAAGACUGCCAUAGUGGUGGGUGGGAUGGCACCACAGAAGCAGAGGAGGAUGUUGAAUUACAGACCAGAAAUCAUCAUCGCCACUCCCGGACGUCUGUGGGAUUUGAUCAAAGAGAGACAUCCACAUCUUCUCAACCUUAGACAGCUCAAGAGCCUCGUGAUCGACGAAGCCGACCGCAUGGUCGAACGAGGCCACUUCGCUGAGCUGGAGUGUCUGCUGGAAAUGCUCAACACCACUCACGUCAAUCCCAAGAGGCAAAUAUUUGUUUUCUCCGCCACGCUGACCAUGACCCACAGCCUACCCAUGCGCGUGGUCCAAAAGAAGAAGAAGGCGCAGCAGUCCGACAAAGUGGCGCUCCUCAUGGAGAAAGUGGGGAUCAAGUCCAAGCCCAAAGUGAUCGACCUGACCAGGAAGCAGGCGACCGUGGAGACCUUGACCGAGACGCAGAUUCGCUGUCAGAAAGAGGACAAGGACUUUUUCCUCUACUACUUCCUCUUGCAGUAUCCCGGACGCACCAUGGUGUUCGCCAACAGCAUCGACUGCAUCAAGCGACUCAGCUCGCUGCUGAUCAUUCUGGACUGCACGGCGCUGUCGCUGCACGCCAACAUGCACCAGAAGCAGCGGCUGAAAAACCUGGAGAGGUUUGCUGAGAGGGAGAGUUGUGUGUUGCUGACAACUGAUGUAGCCGCAAGGGGACUGGAUAUCCCCAAUGUGCAGAAUGUCAUUCACUACCAGGUUCCUCGCACAUCCGAAACAUACGUGCAUCGCAGUGGCAGGACAGCCAGAGCUACAAAAGAGGGUCUCAGUUUGCUGCUCAUCGGCCCCGACGACGUGAUGAACUUCAAAAAGAUUUACAAGAAUCUCGGAAAGGACGAGGCGCUUCCCUCGUUUCCCGUCGAGAUUCACUUCAUGGAGGCAAUCAAGGAGCGUGUAAACUUGGCCCGAAAGAUAGAAAAAAUUGAGUUCUACAACAGCAGGCAAAAACACCACAACUCCUGGUUGAGGGAAGCAGCAGAAGCUAUGGACAUCGACCUAGACGAGGAUCUUUUGCUUGGCAAAGGGAGGGAUGAAGAUGAUGACCGAGUGCAACAGAAGAUGGUGAAAGGGAUGAAGAAACACUUGAAACAUCUCAUCUCCCAGCCUGUGUUCAAGAGUGUGACAAAGACAAAGUACCCCACCCAGAUGGGGCGCAUGUGCUUGGCUAACCUGCCCGUCACAGGGGAGCAAAGCGCCCUCAUGAGUGUGUCGGCGCAGCAGAAUAAAAAGAAAACGGGUCCGCCGCAGCACAAAAAAAAGAAGCAGAAAAAAGGCCGGCAUUGAACAAUCUGUAAUUUUCUUGGAAUCUGACCAUUUUUGGACAGAAAUCGCAUCCACUGCAGUUUUGCCUCAAUAAAAACUGCUAUUUUAA